UGGCUCCAGCCUCUCCUGCUCAGCACCAUGGCCAGGACCCUGAGUGACCAUUUGCUGUCCACCCUGGAGGAAUUGGUACCCUACGACCUUGAGAAGUUCAAGUUCAAGUUGCAGAACACCAGUUUGGAGAAGGAACACUCCCGGAUCCCCCGGGGCCAGCUACAGACAGCCAGGCCGGUGAGGGUGGCUGAUCUGCUGGUCACCCACUAUGGGGAGGAAUAUGCUGUGCGGCUGACACUGCAGGUUUUGCGGGGCAUCAAUCAGCGCCUCCUGGCAGAGGAGCUUCACAGGGUGAUCAGCCAAGAAUAUCCAACUCAAGAAAGUAGCACAGACAGUUCUACAGCUUCUUGUUCCACUGGGGAGAAUAAGUCCAAGAACCUGAAGACAGCGGACUCCAACAUCGAUCAGAGCAACGACGGGGUGGCAACCCCGCCCUCCAGCCAGCUGGAGGCAGGGCGAGGAACCCCCAGGAAGCCUGUUGGCAAGCGGAGGGACUCAAAGGGCCUUGAGUGCCUAGAAGCCCAGGGAAAGCCAUGGCUCCGGGGCACACCGCUGCUGUACAGGAGAGGCACAGGCCUCAGCAAGGCGCCGGGGACCCCUAGGGCAAGCACCGGGCUCCGCAGGAAUGCCAGUUCAGCAGGAAGACUCCAAGGGCUCUCCAGUGGGGCCCUGGGGAGGAAAGAAUCCAAGAAAUCCGAAGAACACAUAUAUUUACCUUCAGGAAAGAAGCGACCCAAAAGUCUUGAAUUGACCAUUCCUUCAGUGGAGAGAGAACUCCCACACCCAGAAACACUGCUGACUCAAGAGGAAAUAAUCCCUGCAAAUCCAGACGAGGCAGCUAUUUCCAAAGCUGUGGCCACUCUGGAUGUGGGGGCUACUGUGGCUGGGGAAAAAGACUCACAGAAUCUAGAACAUUCUGGGGGAACCUUCAGGAACACACUUUCCAAUGCACUGUUGGCUGGAGAAGAAAAAGCCACAGUGCCCUGGGAGGAAAAUAGAGUUGGGGUCCAGGAGAUCCCUGAGACCAUGGAGAAGAUGGUAGACAGUGUGCUCCAUGAGUCUUCAAAUCUAGAAGUCCCUGAAUCUUCAAGUGAGAAAAGACCCCAAAAUCCAGAAGACCUAGCAUCCUUAGGAAUGGUGGCUUGUAAAGGGAGCCCACCAGACAAGGCUUCGAAUACCCUUUGCUACACCCAGGAAGGAGAUAGAGUUGGUGGAACUUACGUGCAGGAUUCCUGCAUCUGCCCUGUUGCUUCUGGGAACCCUGAGGCCUCAGGCAGCCGCCCAUCCAGCUGCCUCCAGUGCCAGGCAAGGAGGAACUCUGGAAGCCUAAGCCCCCAGCUCCUGCCACAGUGUAAGCGCCACAUGAAGCAGGUCCAGCUGCUCUUCUGUGACGAUCAUGGGGAGCCCAUAUGUCUCAUCUGCAGGUUGAGUCAGGAGCACCGAGGCCACCAGGUGCGCCCCAUUGAGGAGGCUGCCCUGGACUACAAGGAGCAAAUCCAGAAGCACCUGAAGCAUCUGAAAGCGCUGAGAAAAUCUGGGGAGGAGCAGAAAUCCCAGGGAGCUACGCAGAUGGCCAACUUUCUGAAACAAACUGAAAUCCAGAAGAAGCGGAUGCAGAGCCAGCGGGAACAGCUCUGCCAGUUUCUGGCACAGCAAGAGAAGCUCUUUGUGGCCUGGUUGGAGGAACUGGGCCAGACUAUUGGCCAGGUCAGGGAGACAUAUGGCACCCGUGUGUCCCAGGACAUCACCCUGCUUGAUUCUCUGAUUGGGGAGCUGGAGGCCAAGCAGUGCCAGUCAGAAUGGGAGCUUCUGCAGGACAUCGGAGACACCUUGCACAGGGCCGAGACAGUGGCUGCUCCUGAGCCAUGGGCCACUCCACCAGAGAUGAAAGAAAAGAUCCAUCUGCUCUACCAGAAAUCAGAGUUUGUGGAGAAGAGCAUGAAGCACUUCUCGGAAACACUUCGUUCAGAAAUGGAAACGUUCAAUGUUCCAGAACUGAUUGGUGCUCAGGCACAUGCUGUUAAUGUGAUUCUGGAUGCAGAAACCGCCCACCCCAACCUCAUCUUCUCUGAUGAUCUGAAGAGUGUAAGACUCGGAAACAAGGGUGAGCGGCUGCCUGAUGGCCCAGAAAGAUUUGACAGCUGCCUCAUUGCCCUGGGCUUUCAGAGCUUCCUUUCAGGCUGCCACUACUGGGAGGUGGAGGUUGGAGACAAGACAGGGUGGGUCCUGGGCAUCUGCAAGGCAUCCUCGAGCAGGAAAGGGAGCAUGACACUGACACCAGAGAAUGGCUACUGGGUAGUGAUGAUGAUGAAGCGAAAUGAGUACCAGGCAUCCACUUUUCCCCCAACCCGCCUGAGAAUGAGGGAGCCCCCCAGGCGUGUGGGCAUCUUCCUGGACUACAAGGCUGGAGACAUUUCCUUUUACAAUGUGACUGCCCGAUCCCAUAUCUACACUUUCACUGGUGUAUCUUCCUCUGGGCCCCUUCGACCUCUUUUCAGCCCUGGGACACAUGAUGGAGGGAAGAACAUGGGUCCUCUUACCAUCUGUUCAGUGGGUAGCCAGAGGCCUCACUGAAUG